CGUCCUAGAUAUUGUACACUUUACACAGGUAUGGUCGUUAUCCCCGUGUGUUUAUCUCCUCGCUGGUAUUAACAACAACUACAGUCCCAGAUAGAAUCGGGAGUUCGGCUACCAACCUGAAGAUAACUUCAAUACCAGGAUGUCUGUGACAGUGUUAACGAAGCCCCAGUCAGGCGCCUCCUUGUUUCUGGAGGGACCACACUGGGAGGUGUCCACUCAAUCACUUCUAUAUGUGGAUAUGACGGGAAAGGCGGCACACCGCUGGAACGCAGCCACGAACACUGACGAAGUGGUCAAGCUGGACAUAGAACACCGUCCAAGUUUAAUUGUACCCAGACAGAGCGGCGGUUACGUGGUCACUCAUGGCACGACGAUCAGCCAUCUGGAAUGGUCAAGCGGCUCCCUGACAGCUCUGGAAAGCAUCGAAGGAAUAGAGAGUGACGUCAAAGUGAUAUUAAAUGACGGGAAAUGUGAUAGCACAGGGCGUCUCUGGGCAGGUACCAUGCCCGCCGACAUCUUGGAUAUAUCGCAGAUCAGUCCUAAUGAAGGCUUCCUGACAAGUGUAACUAAAGAUACGAUCCGGAAACAGGCGGAUAAGAUAACCUUAUCUAACGGUAUGGCGUGGACAGCUGACGAACGCAUUCUCUAUUUCGUCGACACAAUUCCUGGAGAAAUACUGGCCUUUGAUUUUGACGUCACAACUGGACAAUUAUCCAAUCGACGAGUAGCUUUGAAGUUCCCAUCCGACAAACAAGCGCUAGGCAUGCCGGAUGGUCUGACCAUCGACACAGAAGGCAAACUGUGGGUGGCGUGUGUGGGGGCGGGGAAGGUGGCUUGUUUCGACCCACAGACAGGAGAGUUGCUGACGACAAUUCAGUUUCCGGUAAAAGGUACGACGUCCUGCUGUUUUGGUGGACAAAAUAUGGACGAGCUGUACGUGACGAGUGCAUUUGUGAAAAUGUUCGGGCAGGAGGCCUGCGAAGAAACCCCACCUGGCUCGGUCUUUAAAGUUACUGGUCUCGGUGCAAGAGGAAGUCCAGAUCAUGUUUAUCGGUACUAGUGCGUCUGUUUACAGUUAUCUACAGUUGUUGAUGUGAAGUCAAGAGUUUUAAAUAAAUUACUUCUUGUCACAGUU